UGAUUUUACAAUUGGUUAACUCGGAGGGGGCGGUGCAUCGCCAUGGUAACCGCAAACAGUCCUCAUUUAAAGGUUUCGGUACUUAGAGCAUCCUGCGUGAACUAAGUGCUGCAGGUGUUCUAUCAGAUCAUAACUGACCUCCCAGCAAUGAGUGCUUCAGACUCAGUAAUGGACUAUGGAACCACUAAAAGACAUGCAAUUCCUAUUGAUCACCUGGACUACCAAUUCAUAGAGAAAUGUACGGAUGUCAAGCACUUGGAAAAGGUCCUGCAUGUUCUCAGGUCUGGCGAAGAGGGACAUUACCCAGAUUUAACAUUAUUUUGUGAAAAGCGUAUUGAAAACCUGUCUCCUCAAAGUCGAGCUCUGCGGAAAGAUAAGCCUCCAGCCACUGCUGCAGAUUUCUGCUUGGAAGAUUGGCAACAGAUUGACAUUGAUUUAAAGAAUUGGUUAACAGAUAUAAAGAUGAAGGAUCAGGAACAAUCUGCUGAACCUCAUAAUGCCCAGAGUUUGCCACCUGUACGGGAUUACUCCAGCUGUCCACAGACCGUUAAGCCAAAAGGAAAACAAGAAAUAAACAGUAAAGCGCCACGGGAUUAUAGAGACUGGGACAGAUUUGAUGUGGAAAAAGAAAUAUCCAAAAUUGAAGAGAACUCAAAAGAAGAAGUGCAGUCAAAAACUGUAAUAAAUAGUUCAACAUCCAAAAUAAAGAAGACCAUAGAUACAGCAGGUCUAAGUCAAGCACAAAGAUGUUUUAUUGCUGGCCGUGAGAAGGACAAAGGAAAUGAAGCGUUUCGAUCUGAUGACUAUAAGGAGGCUGUAGCUUAUUAUACUAGGAGUAUAUCGGUGUUACCCACAGCAGCAGCAUAUAACAACCGAGCCCAAGCAGAGAUUAAACUGAAGAAUUGGCACAAUGCGCUGAAUGACUGUGAAAGAGUUCUGGAUUUAGAGGCAGGCAAUAUGAAAGCCCUCUUACGGCGUGCUACAGUCUACAAAAACCUCUGUAACUACCAUUGUGCGGCUUGUGAUCUGAAGACUGUCUUACAGCAGGACCCGGACAAUUGUACUGCUAAGAAAGUUCUUAUUGAAGUGGAAAGGCUUAUUGAGAAAGAAACUGUAAGCAAAGGUGUGAGGAUUCACAUUGAGGACAUAGAAGGUUCGGAUGAAGAAGAGCCAGAUGUAUCAAGCUGUAAACAAGGAGCCGGUGUGACAGUGGGAGGAGGAGAGGCUGGGGAGCACACUGACAUGGGGAAUGCACAGAAAAAGCCGUCUCCUAAGAGAAGCAAUCAGAGGGACAGUGACGGCCAGAUCCCCAAACAGAGCAAGGAAAGCGCCCAGAAUGGAGUGAAGAAAGAUCUCGGCAACGGCCAGACAGCCAGGAAUCUAAGCAGAGAGAAUGGAAACCAGGAAGGAGCCUCUGAGAAGGCGAACGGACACCAGGAUCCAAAUCAGAAUACAAAGCAACCAUCUCAGCCCGUGGCUCCAGCAGCUAGGCUAAAAGGAGAAGGGAAUCAGCUCUUUAAGAACGGCCAGUUUGGAGAGGCUGCCAUCAAAUACACCGAGGCUAUUGAUCUUCUCACUGAAGCCGGAUCAGAGAAUGCAGAGGAGCUGGGUGUCUUAUAUUCCAACAGGGCAGCAUGUCAGCUGAAAGAAGGGAACUGCAGACAGUGUAUUGAAGAUUGCAACAGGGCUCUAGAACUUCAGCCGUUCUCAAUGAAACCGCUCUUACGUCGAGCAAUGGCAAACGAGUCUCUUGAACGAUACAGGGAAGCAUAUGUAGACUAUAAAAUUGUCCUUCAAAUAGACAGUGGAAUGCAAGUGGCAAAUGAUAGUAUUAACAGGAUCACAAGGACGUUAAUUGAUCAAGAUGGGACUAGCUGGAGAGAGAAACUACCCCCAAUUCCAUCCGUUCCAGGCUCUUUUCAUUUGCAAAGACAAGAAGGCAACAUCACAGCUUCCAAUAGUGUCCAUCCUGUGGAAAAUAAUCAGCCAGGAAAUGUAACGGGUGUGUCAGUCGAGGAGACGUUCUGGACUCUGAAAAAAGAAGGAAAUGAAUACGUCCAGCACGGUCAAUACAGAGAAGCUGUGAAGAAAUAUACAGAAUGUUUGACAUUAAAUUCUGAGGACUGUACGAUAUACACAAACCGAGCCCUGUGUUACUUGAAACUAUGCCAAUAUGAAGAGGCCAGAAGUGACUGUGAAUGUGCUCUGCAGAGGGAUUCCUCAAAUAUCAAAGCUUUGUACAGGCGAGCACAGGCCCACAAAGGAUUAGAGAAUUAUCAAGAAUGUAUCAGCGAUCUACAAAAAACCCUCUCUCUGGACCCAAAGAACCCUGCAGUACUGGCACUGAUGAAUGAAAUAACUCCGUGUCUCCAUUCCGGCAGCCAGGGAAAACUAAGGAAAAAGAUUGAAAUAGAGGAGGUAUCUGAACUGGAAGAAGAAUCUGCAAAAAGCAUUCCGGCACGGGAAUCGAUACCUAUUAAUUCCUGCCCAAAUGGUGCAUAUCAAAAUAACAUAUCAGAAAACACAGCCGCAAAGCCUCAGAUUACAAAACCUACCAACGCCUAUGAGUUUGGCCAGCGGAUGAAUGAGGUGAAAGCGGCAAAGGAUUCGGGGGCCUGUGCAGAGCUCUUGUUGUCCAUAGACCCAAAAGACUUGCCAGUGUUUCUGAGCAACAAGUUAGAAGGAGAUAUUCUCCUGCUGAUCGCACAGUCGCUGGCACACAAUCUUCUGGACCAGAACCCGGCACUGGUUUACCAACACCUCUCACACCUGAUCAAAGCAGAACGGUUCCAGAUGGUGUUAAUGCUUCUGAACAAGAACGAAAAAGCUGAAAUUCAGAGACUUUUUACACUUCUCUAUGAAAAUCCAUGUGAAAAUGUCAAGACGGAGGAUGUUCGGAAUCUUGCUAAGCAAUAUGAACUUUAAGUGCGCGCCCACGUAAUGCACUUUUUUUUAUAUACAGUUUGAUUGGUGAUAUCGUUCGGGAAGGUUAAACUAUGCAAAUUUAAAUAAGGGAGUUUACAGGUUAAAUUCCUAAGCCUGACUGUUAAAAUAUUAUUUAAAUUUGGUGGUUUUCCAUGGAUAAGUAUUUUAACAUCUCUGGCUGAAAUUACAAUGAUGAUGGUAUUUAAACCACUUGCAUGGAAGCACUACUGCUAUUAUGCUGAUUAAUGUGGAUGCACGAAAAAUGUCAUCACCCCUUAUGAAAUGAUUUAGCAGGAAUAUGUGUUUAGCCAUGUUUUAUUCCACUACGUUCAUUCUACUAUAGAUAUUUAGUUCGUAAAUUGUCCAAACAAAUGUGUAACAUUCACCAGAUUCAACUGAAAGACUUAAAUUGUUAAGGGCUUAACUUGACACAGCAGAUGUUUGUGAACUAUGGGAAAGCAUUGGAUUGGCUGAGAUUGUCAACUCUGAUCACCUCAGCCAAGGAAGUGGAGCCAGCACCGGCAGACCCGUGCGGCAUUGGAAUAAAGGUAAGUUUUUUUAACAAUCGGGUGGGGGGGAAGGGAGUGGGGGCAGAGGCCUAAACGCCAUUUUUAACUCUCUGGGGUCAGGAAUACAUGUGUGUAUGUAUUCCUGACCCUAUAGUGUUCCUUUAGCCUUGUUACACCCCCUGGCUGUCAAACCUGCUCUUACAACCAGUCCUGUUACUUCCUGGUUGUUUGAUCAGUGGAGCUAAACUCAAGAGGCAGCAAUUGCCCAGAGUUACAACUUCUCAUUGAGCUGCAUUGGGAAGUCUGGGUUGGGUGCAAAGGGUAGGGCUUGCAAACAAUAGAUCUGUAGCUUUUGCAAGCUGGUUUAGAUGAUAUAUCUCCAAGCUAAAAAAAGAAAAUGCAGCAAUAAAAUGCAGCCAUUUUAUCAUUGGGGGUAUAUCUACUAAAUUGUUGAAAAUGAAUUAUUUUCCAUUAAUAAUAUUUCUUUAAAAGGAUUCCCUAAGAAAAAUAACCAUUAGUUUGUGCUGUAGUAGUUAUUGUGCUCGGAGUCCCCUGGUGCCCUCCACCUGACUUAAUGAUCCAUUCUGGGAAGCAGCCUGGGUGCUCGACAGAGCCAGGUAAAUGUUAAAUUGUCAGUUGGCGCCAGGUGACUCUUAGCACCAUAACCACUACAGAGAUCUUUUGGUGAAAUAUUUUAGCUUUAUAUGGGAGGUCACGGGAAUGUUGGGAAAUGUUAUAAGCACAUGAGAUUAGAAAGGCACCAAUAUAUUCCUGUAUAUAGGCCCAUCUCUGGACAAUUCAUUAAAAACUCCAGACUUGGUAAUAAUGAUAUUUGAUGUAAAUAUGUUAAUGAUAUUAAUGACAAUACAUGUGAAUUGUAUUAUGUAAUUGUGGAAAUAUAUCCAUAGCAUUAUUAAACGAAAGCUAAAAGAUGAUAGAUUUUAUUCAGAUUAUAUACAGAAUAUAGUGUAUCUGUAAAGCAGGAGUUUACUGGUAAAUAUAUUGUCUAGAAUAACUAUUUUAUCAACCAUUGGACCAGAACAAUGUACAGCAAAUAUCCUUAUGAUGAACCUUUUUAUCCGUGAUGAGCACAUUCCUGCAGUGAAACUCUCACCCAACAUUUUUCUUCCUCUGCAAACCUGUUAAAACAUUUUAUUUCAAUGCUCAAAUGUUUUACAUUCUGGAGAAACAAGUUAUGGUGCAUAAAUAAAUUAUUAUUAUUAUUAUUAUUAUAGCCAUGUAUCAAUGAAUGUACUGUUUUGGGGGACAGAAAUGUUUGCAACACUUUAUGAUAGAAAUCGCCACUUUUAUAACUGAGUGCCGAAUUGCUCCCCAGUUGUCACUCAGCUUUGUGGAGCUAAAGGAAGUGGAAGAAAACCUCCCUGACUGUCUAACGGAAGUGGCAACUGCACCUGCCUUCUACCCUUCUCAAUGAGCUGUAUAAACGCUGCGAUCGCAUGUGCAUGCACACUUGCAACUCCGGCACAGAAACUUCCAUGAGAAGCCUCUGAUUGGUGUAUUCCCUGGCACAGACUGAGUCCGAGCUGGGGGAAAGAGGGGUGAGGGCUUGCAAACAGUGCAGACAGCAGGUCUGCAGCUUUUGCAAACUUUUUUUUUUUUUUCUUAAAUGCCUAUGAAGAAAACAUGCAGUAAAAAUACUUGCAUGUUUUAAAUGGUGUUCCUUUAAUGAGAAAACGAACACAUAGGAUAUUUAUUUAUUCAGCAUCAAUCACUGAUGUUAAAGGAGGGACUUCAACUUUAACCCAUUCAGAACCAAAGGUCGUAACAUGCUUUUCCUGCUAUGGAUAUGAUUUGUUGGUUAUUUAUUCUGAAACAGACUGGGGCUUGUUGGUGUAAGAUAAGUGACAUGGGCAUUGUUAGAUCUGAUUUAACGAAUGAUACGGCUUUCUUUAUCAUUCUCUCCUUAUCUUUUUAUCUGUAAAUAGGUUUACAAUCUGUUUACCAAAAGAAACAAAAUAUAUAUAAAUGGAUAAUGAGAUAGGAAUGUAAAUGGAAUUGUUACAAAUGUUUGCAUACAUCGCCUAUACCAUAUUUAUCACACUUGAAACUU